CAAUCGUUACUGUAUGUAUACAUCCUGCAAAACCAUAAAGACAUGGAUCUAUUGGCCAGGGUGAUAUGUUGGUGGUGCCGCAAUCAACUUUUUUUUCCUAAUGAAAAACUCUGAGCAGGUCCGACUCUCAAUAUGUUUUCUGAUCAUGCAAAAGUUUUUAAUAUGUGUUAUUGGUUUUAGCUCCAUACAUUCCAUAGAAAAACAAUUCGACUCCCAAUAACAUUAAAUAACAGGAGAAUUUAUAGAAAAUCAAUAGACAUUUCAAGUGUUAUACUUUAACAUUGUAAAUAUUUUGCUUGUUACUAGGGAUGUGUAUUGAUUGGAAAUAUCACGCCAUGAGAAAAGAAGAAAUAACUGAAGUUUAACCGGGCAAUUUUUUUUUUAUGUAAACUGAUUAGUGGGAUUAACUGGAUUUUAACUACAUUUUAAACAGGCUGAAUCGAGUAUGGAAACCACAAAACUGAAAGAGAUUCAUUCCAGUACUGAUAAUGCACAACGUUCCAGUUAUCUUGAUUGGGAUGAAUACUUCAUGGCCCUAUGCUUUGUUUCAGCGCAAAGAAGUAAGGAUCCGAAUACUCAGGUUGGAGCUUGUAUUGUGAAUCAGGCCAAAAGAGUAGUUGGAAUGGGUUACAAUGGCAUGCCUGAUGGAUGUUCGGAUACUGAUUUUCCCUGGACUAAGGGUGACACUGCUGAGACUGAUAAACAUCUAUAUGUUUGUCAUGCUGAGCUCAACGCCAUUGCCAACAAAAUACAAGCGGAUAUACGAAAUUGUCGACUGUUCGUGACUCUUUUUCCAUGUCACGAAUGCGCUAAAUUGAUAGUACAGUCUGGUAUUAAGGAGGUGGUUUUUUAUAGAUCUAAAACGACAGAUUUAACUAGAAAAGACGAACAAGCCACACAUAAAAUGUUCCAGAGUGCCAAGAUAAGUGCCAGGCAAUACAAAUGCAACAGGGAAUUUGAAUUUAAAAUUGGGGAAAAAGAUUCUAUAAUUUGGUGAAAAAGUGAAUGACCUCGUCUAUAAAACGACGAGUUGGAGGAUGACUGAUAUAUUUCAUUAAAUAUAGUGAUAUAACUAUAAUUCACAUUGAUUGCUGUGAUAAUUUUGUUUGAGUAACAGUUUAUAUACAUAUGAUAUAUCACGACUUUGGAGUUUUAGUUGAAUCCACAUAUUUUAACUUUGAUAAGGUGUUUCGAUUUUUUAUGUAUUAUUUUAAA